AUGGCCGUGAAUUUCACUUUCAUUCUAGGCUUGAUUCUGUUCUCCGACCUUGUAACUGAUCAUCACACAAACGCUCGUUCACUUGUUGAUCAGGAAUCAGAAACAGCCAAACAAGGGGAUAAAUAUGGAAACUUACAAGCUGCAGGCAAUGAGAAGGAAAUUAGCGUGGGAAAGUUGGCGGAAUCGAAGGAGUUUGGCCGUGAGAUGAAAAAUUUGCCACCUUUACCAAAUAUACCCGGAAUCCCGAUUCCGUCGAUUCCAGGAUUCCCUAAUCCGCCAGCAGUACCUUUGCCAGAUAUCCCAAUCUUUAGGCCACCGUUUGAUAAUAUUCCAGGAGUACCUCCACUCCCUUCGAUUCCCAAUCUACCACCACUUCCUCCGCUUCCUAACAUCCCAUUCCCAUUCCUCUCGCCUCCUCCCUCGUAA